AUGGUCGGUUCAUACGAAGAGAGUAUUCUCCGGGGACGAAUGUCUACUACGCCUUCAAAACCACUUGACUUUGUUGCUCAGAUAGGGGUGCUGGGUUUCGGAAAAUGUAAAUCGAGUCUGAAAUGUCCACCCCAUGUGACCUUGCCCUUUCCAGCAGUAUUUUAUGACUAUGAAUCCACAAACCAUGGUCGAAGAGGAAAGUCUGAAGAUGGGCCUAGUCCGUACGUUGGUUGUAUUGAUCUAGAAAAUGGGCUACCAAGUCCUGAAAAAGCGAAGGAUAGUCAAAAGAGGAGGAGAAAUGCUACCCUAGACCGAACACAUAUGGACGAUUUUGACCCCGACCCUCAAAAUUCAGGACAAGUUUCAGAACGAGAGUUACGUAGGGCAGAAAAGCAAAAACGUCGAUCAACUUCCCCGCGGGCACCGCCUGGAGGUAGCUAUCGUAUUCCCGAAAAGGGCCAAUUACAAAUAAUCAUCAAGAAUCCUAACAAAACAGCUGUCAAAUUAUUUCUCGUCCCAUAUGAUCUGAAGGGUAUGGAACCGGGCACAAAGACAUUCAUUCGUCAGCGUAGCUACUCUGCUGGGCCGAUAAUUGAUUUGGCACUUUCCUCCUCGCCUCAUUUAUUAGCACCAACCAUCGAUCCACUCGCCGAAAGACCUACCCUCCGCUAUCUCGUCCAUAUUCAUAUUUGUUCUCCAACUCGAGGUCGCUACUAUCUAUACAAAAGUAUCCGUGUCGUCUUCGCCAACCGCGUACCGGAUGGCAAAGAAAAAUUACGCAAUGAAAUCACAUUUCCAGAACCACGAUUUACUGCUUACAAGGUAGUACGGGAUUCGAAUUUUGGAGCUGCAGGCGCGGCAUUGGCAGCGGAAAAGGCAUUUCGAAGGAGGAGCUCGGGAUUUCCUUUGGGUGGAAAUAAGAAUUUUGAUUUUGGCGGCGACGACGGUGGAUCGAGAGGAGUGGUGAAUCCUAUUCCUUUUCAGUUUCCUUCAAGGAGGGGUGUGAUGGACAUGGAGAGAAAUCUUGGGCCGCUAGAUUUGGAGUCGGGACAAUCAUCAAACCCUUCAGAGACUCUGAGACCAGGUACAGCGUUUAGGGAGGUGGCAAUGGGUGGAAUGGAUGUAGGUGUUGGUAUGACUUCCUAUGAUAAGUUGAGUGAAGGAGAUCCGGGUUAUGGUGGUAAUGCAUAUUCGUCUGCAAGAGUGAACGGUUCUAGUAGAGAAGGGAGGCAAUCUCCAGCUGAAGGUUUGUUAGCAACGAGAUUGAGGGAGUUGGGCGUAGGAUUAUCGAUGAAGAUGAGUGGAGGAGAUGAAGGAAAGGGGGACAUGGGAGGGAGGAUAUAA